UGAAUUGAUACCUCAUAAAUUAGUAUCCAAAAAAUCUUUAUUUCAUCUGUUCCAAAACAAGAUAGAGCUAGCCACUAGCAAUGGCCUGUGCAGCAACCAGCCAACUUCUCCAGCUCUACACAACAACACGUGUGGCUACUCCUUCACACGUGCACCAGCAACAUAUUUCCCGCCCAUUCCUGAUAACCACCACUACUACUAGAACUUCUCGAGAUAAUCACCAUUUCUCCGGCGGACUCAACGGCCGUCAUAAACUGUCACCGGUGGCCAAAUUCUCACUGGCGAACGACGGCACUGUAACUGCCAAUGACGAUGACGGCGUCUCUUUGGGAACCGUAAAAUUACCUUCCAAUACUGACCUUCAAAGAUUUGAGACCUUGCUUUUUCAGUGGGCAAAUAGCCUUUGUCAAGGAGCUAGUAUACCACUUCCUAUCCCAUUAAAGGUUGAUAAAAUAUCUGGUGGAGCUAGGUUGGCUUUCAUUACAAUUGGAGAUGGGACGACAGAAGUCUUAGUGUACAUUGAUUGUUUGGUUUUUCCAGCAACGGGUGAUUCAGGUCCUAUUUUCCGAGCCAUUAGAAAUGGACCUUUGAAAGCUCAAUCACUUCCUGGUGAGUCCAGAAUCAUGAGAAGUCUUCUACAGGCCCUCCAGAAAUCAGUUGAAAUUGCUAGAACUUGAAUCAUUUUGUUGCUUGAGAUGUACAAUGUGAAGAGCUACAUUUUAAUUUUUUGUCAUUUAGUUUAAUGAAAUUGUGGCUAACAAUGAUAUGUUAGUUCUAGUGUAUUCUACAGUGUAUCAUUAGUAAAUGAUAUGAAUUUGUUCUCAAUUUAUAUUAUAAUUGGUUGUCAUAUUGUUGUUUCA